UCUUGCUUGUUUUCGUCUCGAAAUAAUGGAUAUAUCGUUCAGGAUUUGAAUGAUCUCUACAUGUAAUACAUUUCAAGGAAUCUCCUACAGACGAAUAGAGGAAAAGACCGUUAUUUCUAGGUAUAGGACCGUUGUUUCCGCAUUGUGAUAUUUGCCAACAGAAAAAGAAAACAUAAAAGAGAAAACACAGGAAGACAUCCAUUAUACCAGUGGUCGCUACUUUAUUGAGGACUUAAUGGCAAUGUGAUACUUUCCUUAAGGAAAUCUAGUUUCGGUAGACACUGUUCUAUUCAUAUAAAAAGGAUUAGAGGAAUUAAAGUUUGGGUUUUUUUUAAUUCAUGCAAAAUGGAUCUUAAUUUUGCGAUGGUAUUACUUUUAUGUUUUGACGUUGGAGUAGUCGGACAAAUGCUUAUAAGGGGCAUACCGACUGUGAACAACUUACCAGUAUCUCAAAACAGAGGGACACUGCCCCCUACCGGUGCUUCUACUGUGAACGGAGCUCCUGUUCCUCCUGGUGGCGUUAUACCUCCACCAAGCACAUCGUUUACAACAGCUCCAAGUCAGUCUCCCACUCCGCCACCGUGGCUCUCAGUUCAAAAUGGCGGAAAUCUUCCCGCAAUGCCUUCAGCGCCAUCUAGUUCUACUCCUUCUAUUACUUUUGUCUCCGUCUCUGGAUCGUUCCCUUCUGUUUCAAUUCCAGACCAAGGAUUUGAUGAUCAUUACGUCACAAUCAAAUCAAUGUUUGAUACUUAUUACCCCAAUGUACCCCCUCUUCGGAGGGCCGAGAAUCGACCCACUCUACAAAUUUUCCAAGGAGAUACUGGGGUAGCAGGAACGGCUGUUGUGUCCGACGAUCCGAGUACGAUAUACGUUCAGUACGCUCUACCGCAACAAAGCGCGUUAGCGUAUUUACCCUUUACGAGUGACAAUUCAAGGAGACUGGCAUACCCAGAAAAGCCUAUAUAUUUGCCAUACCCUCAGUUAGCUGUGCGUAUUCCUACCACAGGGGAAAUUUUCCCGGUCUAUAUACCCUUCCAGCCCAACGAAAAUCGACGGAAAGGAGAAGAACCGGAAAUGUUUAUACCAUCAAUAGUCCCCGGAAGUAAUCUACCACUGUACGAGGCAGCUGUGCCAGCUGUACCGACAACUUCCUCAACAAAUGCUCAGCUUCGAAGUGAAACUAACAAUGGUAACAUACCUACGCAGCAGUCUAACUCUGGUCCAAGCUCCCAGCAACAAACUACAAACUCACAAACAACCUUGGAGACAAAGGCUGCAGUGCAACAAGAAGUGUCCCCUGAGAAACCUGGUCCUGAAUCUAGUAACCUAGUUAUGUCUUUAGAGGGACAGUCUCCGAAAUGGACAGACCUCCGAAUUACAUGGGACUACAACUCUACACGUCCAAGCUUCAACACAAACCCUUCUGCCUUCGCACAACUUCCAUUAAGAGAAUCAGAUGCCAUUUUAGAAGGCUUCACAAUGCUUUCUGACUGUUCAGGAUCCGUCAACUUUAUUGGCAAGCGCUAUUGGAGAAACAACGAUCCAGCUGUGGUACUCAUUUACGAUUCUCAGGGUCUUAUUGCGGGUCUUCAAACGGGGAUCCCAGAUAAUUUGUCCAAUGGCUAUCCAACAAGAAAUCUGAAGCCCCGCCCAUUUGUCCAAGAAGGAAACCUACUCUUCGUUACCGCAUAUUUCAUGGAACCCUCGAAAAUAUGUGCCUCUACAAGAACAGAGUCUCAGCUGGUAUCGGAGGGGAUAGGAACGGGGUUGUAUUUCCAGAAUGGACCAAAUCCCAUGUCCGAUUCCGUUCCUGUGCCCAUAGACGAAACUACAAUUAGGGAGACCCUCUGGGGACAGGGACAGUGUAUGCCAAGAUUAGGUAACCAGUACCAUUUUAAUGUCCGACGAGAUAUGUACUGCGAGGAACUGGCGCCAUUUUACUUGAUGUAUGACAGAGGUAAACUGGUGGCCUUUUCCUGGUUCUUUGUGUCUGAUGUGCGGUCACCAGUUUUUGAGAAAAUCCCACCAACAAUGUAUUCAAAAAUGUUCCAAACAGUACCAGAAUGCUUGUACAGCAUGGGCCAAGUGACGUCACUUCACAUAUUCCUCACAAACCAAUACAAUGAAAUAAGUUGUUGAGCAACUGAAAUAAAAGUUAUUUUUUA